GGGGAUCGAUGUCAGUAUGGAGUUAUGGAGACCGCGAACAACAGAAAUUCCUAUUUACCAUGUAUUUCCGCGAUCAGCUCGUGUCUUAUACUCUCAAUUGUAUACGUGGCCAGUUUAUACGUAUGGAAUUCACCACACAACAGGGAGCAUCCAAGUACAAUAAAAAAAAGAUUUUUUAGUGUUUUUAUUGUGACACUAAUUUCACCAGCCUCUUUAUAUUUUGGCCUUAGUGAAAAAGUCUUUCAAACGGCAACAAUAUGGGAAUUAUUGGGACUGAGGUGGCCUGGUUUUAUUCAAGCAAUCAUCUUGCCUCUCUGUCUCACGAUGAUUUUAUUUUUAGGACCUCUCAGCUUGCAAGUCAUUAAUGGAAUUUGGAAAUUAUACGCAGAACCAAUGUACUGGUUGGAGAGUGCAAGGACAUUAAUUUGGUGGAGGAAUCAAGUGAUAGCGCCCCUAUCAGAAGAAUGGACUUUUAGGGCGUGUAUGUUACCAUUACUUUUACAAUGUUUUUCACCAACGACAGCAAUUUUUAUAUGUCCAUUAUUUUUUGGUGUUGCACAUUUUCAUCAUAUUCUUGAAAAAAUAAAAAUGGGAAUGGAAAUUAAACACGCCAUCAUUAUAUCCUGUUUUCAAUUUUCCUAUACAACACUUUUUGGAGCUUACGCCGCAUUUCUUUUCUUUAAAACUGGACAUUUUGUUGCGCCAUUUGCCGCACAUUCAUUCUGCAAUCACAUGGGAUUUCCGGAUUUAUCGGAAGUCGCAACUUACGAGGGUCCAUGGAAACGGGCAGGACUUAUGUCAUUAUUUGUAUUAGGACUCAUUGCAUGGUGUUUUCUUUUAACGCCAAUGACAAAUCCAUCUUUUUUUAGUAACAAUUUAUAUUGGCACAAAUAAUUGUCAAAAUAUUCGUGUUUCUAUAUUUUGCACUUUUUUAAAGAAAAAAAAUUGAAAAUCAAAUUUAGCAUUUUUUU